AUGUCCGCGCCCACGCCUCCUCGACCGGCAGUGUCGCCUGACUCUGGCCCUACCGAUGCAGCACUUCCAAAGCUGCCCUCAGGCUGGAUAGCUCAAUGGGACAACACUUCGAGAAAGUACUACUAUGUUCAGAUUAGUACAGGAGUAUCGCAAUGGGACCUCCCCACUAGCGAAGCCCCUAUCGGCGGAGGCUCACACCACAGCACGCCUGCGCAGAACACGAAUCCAUACAACAAACCUGCCGAUGGGGUUCAGGGUCCAGACGUUGGCGACGGUACAAGAGGCGUAGAUGGUCCGACCGGCGAUCGCGCUGGAGGUCUGGGGGGAUUCGCUAUGAACGCACUCAUGGGUAACAACAAGCAGAGUAGUCAUGGAGGUGGUUCCAGUAACCUCGUUGGCCAAUUGGCAAGUGGACUGCUAGGCGGAGGAAAGCAGUCCCACGGCGGCAGCAGCAGCGGACACGGCGGCGGAUCAAGCAACCUUGUCGGCCAGCUCGCAAGUGGCUUGCUUGGUGGAGGAAAGCAGAGCCAUGGCAGCAACCAGUCAGGCCAUGGUGGUUCAUCAGGCCAUUCGACAUCGAGCGGAGGCGGCCUAGGUGGCUUGCUCGGCGGAGUCCUGGGCGGCAGUUCGCACAACAAACCGGCUGAUGGAGGCUACGGAUACAGCCACAACGCCUCCCAGGGCAGCACCUAUUCUGGCAGCGCCCCGCCCACAGCGUACCAGCCCAGCGGAUCGCACGCCGCCACGCCGAGCCAUAACGCGCACUCUUCUCCACCUCCAGGCCAGUAUGGCAGCCACGACCAACAUCAACAAGGAGGAUAUGGGCAGCAUCAGCACAAUCAGUAUGGCGGGGCAGGCGGGCAGCAUCAGAACUUCCCUCCGCCAGGUCAGAGCUACGGCUCUCCCGCACCAGGGCAGCACCAGCAAUCGCAAUACGGAGGUAACAACCAGUAUGGCGCGCCCCCGAACCAGCACCAAGGCAACUAUGGAGGACCGCCAGGUGGCUACGGACAACAAGCUGGCUACGGAGGCCCAGUCUUCUCGCCUCCGCCAGGUCAGUAUGGCCACAACGCGCCAUACGGAGGCCCCCAGAACUACGACCAGCACCAGCACAACCAGUACGGUGGAGCACCACAAUACCCUCCUCCGCCUCAGGCACAGCACAGCUACGGCCAGCAGGGUGGGCAUCAGCCCCCACAGCCGGGAUGGUAG